AUGGCGAUCAUGCAAGGUCGCCGAGUGGCGCUGGUGGCAAUUGUGCAAUGGGUCUACGUGUCGGGGAAGGGAAACCCUGACUUCGAUUGGCAUGGCGAUUGCACUGAUCGCUUUCGAUACCCGAAGAAGUUCCCAGUGGGAGGAGAUCCUCAGUACUACAACGGCAUUACGAUCAACAUGACCUGCUUCAAGAACGACACCUUUGACCGUUACUCCACUGGAAAUCCAGUUUUCUUCAUUGGCGAUUGGGGAGGUCUGAACUGGGGAAUCGGUCCUGUUCCUGCAGACCAUACCAAGACUCAUGAUCCUUUCAAGCGACGUGGCUACAACUGGGCUGUGGAUCACAACGCACAGUGGAGGGUUUCAGGAGCAUUUAAUGCUCGUGGCAAAUGGAGAAAUCCAGACUAUGUCAUCAACGUUGGUGACAACUUCUAUUGGGGUGGCGUGGACUGUCACUGUGGCAACAUGUAUGCUCGCUGCGACACCAAGCAGUGGAAGUGGAUCUAUGAGGAGAUGUGGAAGGGUCCUGGCAUCGAUGGCAAGCAGUGGCUGGGUGUGCUGGGUAACCAUGACUGGGGGGGCUGGCAGUUCAACAAAGGUUGGGAUCAGGUGAUUGCGUACAGCUGGGGUGGACUGGCAGAGUCUACUGGCCGCUGGCUGCAGCCGUCCAUAUAUUGGGCUGCCCCAGUCCACUACCCUGGAUUCAAUGUCGACUGGUUGUUUGUCGACAGCAACAUCUUCGACGUCAGGGAGAGCCCCUGGUGGGAUCCUGAGCACAACAUUUGUGGUGCUCAGCACAGUGGUACCUAUGCAGGUGCAGGUUGUGGGCAUUCAGGACCAUAUUCCGUCUUCGACUGUUCGAAAUGGUUUGGUCAUCUCUGGGACGCUCAGUCAGGCUGGCUUGAUGCGAAGUUGAAAGAAUCGGUCACGCAUCAAGUUGAUUGGCAAUUCGUGGUUACACAUUUCCCUCCUUGGUGGGGCGAGGCUCAUUGGAAGUAUUUGGCCUGGCAGUAUGGCAUUGACUUGUUUGUGACCGGGCAUGUUCAUCGUCAAGAUGUUCUGGAGCAAUGGGAUUGGAGAAACCAAUUUAAGCCUUCUGUGUGCAUCAUUACAGGUGGAGGUGGUGGCAUCACAUCGGAGUUCUGGCCAGACAACAAUGGUAAUGACGAUCAGUAUGGGUUUGUCGAUGCGACUCUUUGGAAGGACAAAGUGAGGUUGGAGAUGAUCUCCCAUGGUGGCCAAACGCGAAAGACCCACUCGUUCACCAAGAGACAAGCUCAGUACAAGCCAGACAAACUUGAGGGUCCCUAUCUGAUCAAAGCAGAACAAGAAGCGUGGGCUAAGCUUAACCCACCUAAACCUGCAAACAAGACAGAGGAGAAGAAGGAACCGGAAAAGAAAACGGCUGAUGACAAGGAGGAGGAUCACAAGAAGAAGGACGUUAGCGUGUGA